AUGGCAUACAAUCCUUAUGGAGCCCCGCCUUAUGGCGCUCCUCCCAGCUAUGCUGCCUUCCCGGGCGCUACUCAUGCUCCUGGAAUGGCACCACCUCCCGGUCUAGGGCCCCCUCCAGGCAUGUCCUCUGCCCCUGGAAUGGCACCACCCCCGGGUGUCCAGCAGUCUAGUCUCUCUGCUCAAGCUAAUCGACCAAGCGGCCUGCCUGCAUCCUUUCAACCACCGCCCAAUCUUCCCAACAUCAACUUCAACGCUCCGGUGAUUCGCCUCGGCCCCACCGUCCCGCCUCUCAAGCCUGGCGCCUCUCUGACCGAUCGAAGAGAUUCUCAUACCCCCACAUCAGCCAGACUUGGUCUUGGUUCAGACAGGCACGACCAGUCCCGGGCGCAGAUGAGAGAGAAUAUACAGUCACUAGUACCACCCACCCCCGAGGAGCGACUGCGAACAAUAUUCGUGCACAAGAUUCCGAGUGGCGUGGGCGGCGAAGAGGGAAUUCAAAAGCUGUUGAACGCAGUUGGCAGGGUGCAAAGAUGGGGCUCGGCUCAGUCCCAUCUGUCAGAGCACAAGGGGGACUUGUUUGGUUUUGCUCAGUACGAAGACCCUGAAUCACUUGCCCUCGCAGUCGAGUUACUCAAAGACGUCGAGGUACCCGUGAAGAAACAAGCGCCGAUCGAGAACCCUCCCGCCGACGAAGACGACAAAUUCGAGGACAUUGAGAAAGUCAAGUUGCAGGUUGUGGUAGACUCCAGUACCGAAAGGUACAUUGAGUCUUGGAAGGAAGCACUCCCUGAUGACUCCAACUACGACGCGAGGUUGUACGAGGCUCGGCAAUCUCUCAAACAUUUCAUUCGGAACCUGUUCUACCCCAGAGCUGGCGGUGACAGGGAUGCUGAAGGAGAUACCGCCAUGGGCAAUGGCAUGAAUGGGAUUGGCGACAAUAUUGAAGUGAUCAAUAUCCCUAUUGCGCCCGAGGAUGACCUCGCCGAUAUUCCUGCUGAAAUGCGAGCUACAGUUGCCGCCGAAAUCGCUGCCUUCCGAGAUCGGAGCAAUCGUCGCGAUCUGGAACGGCUUCGAAGAGAAGAAGAGUUUGAGGAGCAAGAGAGGCAACGUAAUGGCGCGCCGAGGAAAUCUCGACUUGACUCUCCUCCGCCAGGUGCCAACUCCAACAGCAUUCCUCUUGGCCCACGUGGUGUACCCAAUGCGCCGUCAGGUCCUAGAGGGCAAAACCGGGGCAUUGACUUUGUGAACGGAGGCACCACUAAUGGUCACGGGCCGCAAUUUCGAGAUGACGACGAUACAGAUGCCGACGACGAAGAGCUCUACGAGCGCGAGCUUUCCAAGCAGCGCGCAGAGGAGGAUAAAGCUUACUUGGAGGCGGAGCGGAAGUGGGUUAAUCGUGAGCGACAACGCGCCGCUGCCUUGGAGAGAGAACGUGAGCGUGAGAGGGUUGAGACAGAAGGUUUUGCUAGGAGGAAAGAGGAUCAGUUGGAUAAGGAAAAAAACUGGGAUGACGAGAGGGAAGCAUCGCGCAAGGUCCACCUCUACUACCGCGAUCACAGUCAAUGGAUCCGAGAUCGGACCGCGUUCCACAAUCAGGAGGCGGCACGCGACGAGAUGGACCGAAGACAGGAACAGGAAGAGCUGCGCAAGGCUGAGGCCGAUAUGGAGCAUGCCAGGGAUAUGGCUGACUCCUUCCUCGAGCGCCAAGCUGAGGCGAUGACUGCCCAUCGCCCUGCUGCCCCUGCGGCCGCCCCUGCAGCACCGCAGAAAGUUACCAUUUCUUUCGGUGCUGCUGCUCAAAAGGUUGCCCAGCGCGCUGCCACUACACGGCGCACUGUUGCCGAGGUGGAGGGCUUGUUGGACGAUGACGAGCAAGACAAGACUACGAAGCGCACCCUUAUACCCAUCAAGUUUGAGCCCAUCACCGACACCAAGGCCAUGACAGAGGAGGACAUUGCGAAUGCUGUCCGCGCGCUCGCUCAAGAAAUUCCCGUCGACAAGGAAGGCUUGUGGGCCUGGGAUGUCAAGUGGGACUACUUGGAGGAAGGCAUCAUCCGUGAUAAGCUGAGGCCUUUUGUUGAGAAGAAGGUUGUUGAGUUUCUGGGUGUGCAAGAGCAGUUCCUGGUGGACGUGGUGGAGGAGCACUUGCGCAAACAUCAGAAGCCAGCCGAGCUGGUUGAGACCCUCGGCGAGGCUCUGGAUGAAGACGCGGAAGAUCUUGUGAAGAAGCUUUGGCGCAUGGUUAUCUUCUUUACAGAGAGCGAGAAGCGCGGGUUGCCUGCCUGA